AUGAAGAUUUGGGACAUAUCUGCCGGAGAUCCCAGUCUGAACUACUUACGCCCGGAGGACUUCUAUGUGGCGAUGCGCCUGAUCGCGAUGGCGCAGGCCUCUCCAGGGGUGCCGAUCUCUGCAGAGCGGUUAGCGCUGGAACGAACGUCAUCUUUCCCACUCGCAAGGAUGCAGAAUGUCCCCCCUCCGCCAACAGGGUCUGUUUCACAAGGUUUAGCACUUUCGGGCGGCGCGUUAGUUGCGCAUGAACCUCUGGUCGGUGCUGACCCGUAUGCCAUGUCUGGCCAGGAGAGGUCCAAGUAUGAAUCAAUCUUCCCGACGUACGAUUCUGAUCGAGAUGGAUUUGUGACCGGCACGGAGGCGGUAGAUCUCUUCUCCAAGUCCCGCCUUCCGCGCGAGAUCUGGCAGCUAGCAGAUGCCGACGGAGAUAGCAAGCUCUCUCUGGCGGAAUUCUGCAUAGGCAUGCACUUGAUCGUGUGUGUGAGCAAGAAGGGUCUACCAUGUCCAAUGACCCGCCCCCCUAGCCUCCUCCCUGGUACUCGCAGCGCUUCGGGCGUUGUUACAAACCCUGCACAAGCACAUGGCGGUUCACUUGCCACAUCUGUGCCUCCGUCGCCGGUUGUACGGCCGUCACCUGCAAUGCGACCACCAUCUUCGCCUCCUGCUGUGAUGAUGCCGCUUGGAACUGCAGCUUCUAAUUCCGACGCGUUCAGUGCCUUGGCUGUGGACCUUGCCACAAAGGACCUAAUGUCUACGGUUGGCAGUGAAGCUGAAGCCAAAACGCCCGCGUCUGAGCAAGGCCCACCUGCUUUGGAGCCACCAAUGACGAGCACCCAACACCAACCGAACACAGCAGUUUCACGUUCGCCGACGGGAACGCAUGUCUCCGACCACACUUCGCCAGAGGGAGAAUCAAGUCCUGCGGGAAUGCAGGAGCUCUCAGCAGCAUCAAGUGCGCUUCUGGCCGUUACGCGCGACGCUUCGACCGCUCACAGUCAGGCAACGGCGGCACAGUCGUCCAGCAUUCACAGCAUGAAGAAGCUAGUGGAGAUCCUGAAGGCGGAAAAGGAGUCAUUGAGCUCUAUCGUGAAGGCUGGCAGGGCGACUCAAACGGACAAUGAGCAACUACUUCGCGACAUGGGCACGGAGCUCGAGAAUCUCCGUCAUGAGCUGGAUUGUCUUCGGAACGAGUAUCAGAAGCAGCAGGGAGAGACGGCCGAACUACGUGCUCGUGUGGCACGAACAGGAGUGGAUCGGGCUACUCUGCUGGCAGAAAUCAAGGCGUGCGACUCUUCAAUUCGAACACAAAAGGAAGAGAAUGCCUUUCUACGCCAACACGUCCUGGGUGAGAACGGCACGUUGAAAGAAAAAGAUUCUGAGCCCACAACCGCGAAUGGCGAGGACGAAGGGUCGUCCUUGGCAGGCAAGAUGGCAGAGCAACUCGAAGUCUCUCCCGCACCCGAAGAGGCUAAGCCCACCACCGACGCUCCACCAGAGCCCAUGAUGCCCGCCAAAACACCGCCACCCCCUCCUCAUGGUAUGGUACCGCAGCCUACGGCUGUGGAAGACCCCUUCGCAGAAGUAGUCGAAGAACAAGGCUCGAGGAGCGCCGGACCUUCGUCUCCCAAUCCACUAGGGGAUGAGCCGCCGGAGCUGAACACUGCUGUGGAAAGAGAGCAGAGCGGAUUCGAUGCAUUCCCUGCUGUCGACGAUGCAUUCGAGAACGGAACGGACCCGUUUGCCGUCGAUGGGCUCAGUGCAAACGGGUCGGGUGAGGCCGUGGCCGAUCCAUUCACGGCAACAGAUGCUGUGUUCACGAACGCGACAGCCGCGGCCGAUGGCUUCGACGCUUUUCCGGCGGCCGAUGCGCAGCAGUUUGAUGCGUUUGGGCAGUAGCGAGCGGCCCUCC